AUGCACCACUGGAUCCCAGACGUUGCGCAGCUUAUAUUCGAAUUUGUCUACGAUCCCAUCCGCACAGAAGAGGACCGCGAGGGUCGCGCCACGGUUGUCGGUUUAGCACGAACGUGUCGAGCAUUUAAAGACCCUGCCCUGGAUGUCUUGUGGGCUCAGCUUCACUCUUUGGAUGCACUCGUCCUCUGUUCUGGUGGGAAGCGGGAUGGCAAUAACAAAUUAAUCUGGGAUCGCCCAUUUACCAUGCAACUUCUGAGCUGUUUUCCUGUUCCAGGACCCAUCCUUCCCAAUCUCACAAAGUUGAAUUGGCUCUCCGAUCGUGAAGACUUCUUCCCUUUCUUACGUCGUUUCUGUGGGCCCAGUUUGACGGCCCUUAGCUUUUCGCCCAUAUCGUGGAGUGUCCGCAAGUGUGCCGCUAUUGCAUCGCUUGCACCAUCAUGUCCUUUGCUCAAGGAAUUCACAUGCGUUAACGCAGAGGAUUCGUCGAUGCAAGCGAUCAGCGAGGCAGUCGUGGGUUGGAAUGGGCUUCAAGUGUUGCAAGUCGGCCCUUUGGAUGAACAAGCUUUGAUGCACGCUGGCUCUUUGCAAACGCUUCGAGAGUUGCAUUUUUCUGUUUCGGAUUUCGGAUCCCCGGUGUUAGAAUUUUGCUCCCCCCGUGCUGCGAUGAAGAUCUUAAUACCUUCACCAUCAUCUUUUUAUACAUUCAUCCAAAAUAUCCAUUUCUCGACUCAACGUCUGCACCUUUUCUGCGAACGCUAUGAUGGAAUGUUCCCCGAACUUUUCUUCUCGCGCCUACAAGCGUGCUUCAGGAAUCCUGGGGAACUUCUAGAGCUGGGUCUCGUGAAAACGAUACACCACAACAGAUCAAUUAUUCUCAGCUCCAUCAUGUUGCGUCCGCUUGUAUCAUUCAAGGGACUCAACUACUUAAACCUUGCGGAUCUAUGCACCUCGCAUAUUGAUGACACCUUCCUUGAGGAGAUGGCGGUGUCCUGUCCAAACCUACAUGAGCUCUACCUUGGCGAUAAGGGUCGCUGGCUCAUCGCCCCGCGGGCAACUUUUGAUGGAGUUGUAUCUCUCUUGAAACACUGCCAUCAGCUCUCCUCUCUAGGAAUUUUCUUCAGCGCCACUUUCAACAGUGACUUCACAGAUGUGCUCCAAGCCGAUGCCAUCAACCUAAAUAUCAGGAACUUUUCCGUUGGUGCAUCCCCCAUCAGUGAUCCUAUGAACGUCACGGUAGUGCUGUCUUCGUUGAUUCCUAAUGCAACUUGCAUAAAUCAUUGCGCGCAAGGGAGUGCGGAGCUUCGGGACAUGGAGGAAAGGUGGGACACAGUAAAUACGUGGUUCAAGUCAUUUGUCUCAGCUCGGAAGCACAGUUGGAGGCAAGGCUGGUUGGAGGGGAAGGCUGUAGUCAAGAAUGCAAUAGCAUAA